UUAUUCCCAUAAAGAUAAAAACACAGUUUCUUCAUAUCAAACCAGAGUGCGGCGGAGGUAAGAGGCGGAGCAAAAAUGGUGAAGUUUUUGAAACCAAACAAGGCCGUAAUCGUCUUACAAGGUCGAUUCGCUGGUCGUAAAGCAGUGAUUGUGAAGCAAUUCGAUGAAGGAACUCGUGAGCGUCCUUAUGGUCACUGUUUGGUAGCUGGAAUCAUGAAAUACCCAAAGAAAGUCAUCCGUAAAGAUUCAGCAAAGAAGACAGCAAAGAAAUCGAGAGUGAAAGCUUUCAUCAAGGUUGUGAAUUACAAUCACAUCAUGCCAACUCGUUACAAUCUUGAUGUGGAUCUUAAAGAUGUUGUUACAGCUGAUGCGUUGACAUCCAGAGAUAAGAAGGUUACUGCUGCUAAGGAGACUAAGAAGAGGUUGGAGGAAAGGUUCAAAACUGGUAAAAACAGGUGGUUCUUCACUAAACUCAGGUUUUAAGCAUCUCUUUUCAUUUUGGGAGGUAGUGCCAGGGGAUUAUCAUGCGGUUUCAACAGUGUUCACAGGAAUUAUAUGUUUUUUAUUUUCCAAGUACAUUUAGGUUUUUAAAAAAGUAUUUUGAUUGAGAAGUUGUAUAUUUCUCAUGGAUGGAAUUUUUGUCUAUGGAUUAAUGGGUUUCUGAAAUUGAAUCUUAGUUUUGGUAUCAUAUUGUCUCUUGA